CUUUCUCCUCGUCAUCUUCGUUAUCAGGGUGUGUUGGUUUAUUUCUUCAUCAGAAAGUGCUUUUGAGUUCCAAUGGCUUCAAUGUCUCUUAGGUUCUCUCCCAAUAUCUCUUCACUCACAAACGGUGGAAAUCUCUGGCGAAGCAAACAUUCCAACAAGAAUUUUUCCCAUGGAAGUUCUUUUGCACCAAAAACUUCAAUGCACCAAAGGAAAAAUGAAAUAGAAUAUAACCUUUCGAAAUUGCAACAACCGAUUCUGAAGAAUCAGUUCAAAAGUGUUGAAGGAGUGUCUACGAAUGAAGAAAACAACAAGAAAUAUAUUCCCAAAGCAAUCUCCAAAGAAUCUUUUGGGUCUGAGGAAUCCAUUGCUUCUGAAACAAAAGACAUUGUUGGCUCUGUCAAACGUUUCUUUGUUGCCUUAUAUUGGUUUGUCUAUCCUUACACAAUGUUUGGUCGAACAUUAAGCACGAUUUCUGCAUCACUUCUAGCAGUAGAUAAACUAUCAGAUAUAUCAUCUCCUUUAUUUUUCAUUGGUGUAUUACAGGCUCUGCUACCUUUCUCGUUGAUGGACUUUUACGUUAAUGGCGUGAAUCAACUGUAUGACUACGAAAUUGACAAGAUAAACAAACCAUUUCUUCCAUUGCCAUCGGGGGCAUUUUCCUUUACAACUGGUGUUGUUAUUACUGUGUCAUCUGCAAUCAUGGGCUUUUUGGCUAGCUAUAUGAUAGGUUCUUGGCCAUUAUUUUGGGGUCUUCUAUCAUUCUUUUUAAUAUGGA